AUGAAAGAGCAAGAAAAAAAGAUUAAACGAUUAGAAGCAAAAAUCGAGUACCAAAAAGAGAUGAUCGAACAGCAAGGAGCAGAUAUCAAACAGCUUGUAGAUUACAAAAAUCAAAUUAACAUAUACUUAUUAAAUAAUCUAUUGAAAAAUUAUAAUAUGAACCUUAUCGACUAUCAGCAAUUAACGGAUUUGAAGACAGAAAGUAAUACUACCUUUCACAAAAAUCGACAAAGUAUUCAAGAAGCAAGAAAAGUCCUGGAUGAAAUUGUCUUUCCUAAAGAUAUGGAAGAUCUCAAAAGUACUUUGCAGAAAACUCUAAAAGUUUUAGAAGAUUCAGGAAUUUAUAAAUAA